AUGACGCUGAGUUUUUCUGCUCUAAGGACUUAUGCUGUCUCUGUCGCCAUCUUGUGGUGGAACGUCAGCCGUCUUUGUAUUGCUCAGUAUGACAGGCUGACGGAUGCCGGCUUUUUGUUAUCAGUGUUAUUUUGUGUUUCAUUCGGAGUGUGUCCUCAGUGUGUGGGUCUGUUUUUGUGCAUCAGGUGUCAUUUCUCGACGUUCAAGCAGUGUGAGGAGUGGCUGAAGCGUCUGCAGCGAGCGAUCACACACCCCGCACGUCUGGAGGAGCUGUUCGCUCUGGCCUAUCACGCCUGGUGUUUAGGAGCAAACACUGAUGAUGAAGACCAGCACCUGCAUCUGUGCAGACCAGGUGAUCAUGUGCGUCACAGGCUGGAGGUGGAGGUCAAGCGGAUGGGCUUCGACAUGCAGAACGCCUGGAGAGUCUCUGACAUCAACACUAACUACAAGCUGUGCUCCAGUUACCCACAGAAGCUGCUGGUGCCCGUCUGGAUCACAGAUAAAGAGCUGGAGAGCGUGGCCUCCUUCAGGUCCUGGAAGAGGAUUCCUGUGGUGGUUUACAGACACCAGCGUAACGGAGCGGUGAUCGCCCGCUGCAGUCAGCCGGAGAUCAGCUGGUGGGGCUGGAGAAACACAGAGGACGAAUAUCUGGUCACAUCUAUAGCUAAAGCCUGUCAGCUGGACGGAGGAUCUCGAGCCUGCAGGAGCAGAGGAGACGGACCCGACUCUGACAGCGACUUCGACUCGUCUCUGACGGGAUGUCCUGCUCCAGACUCCAGCGCCGCUGCACAGAAGCUGCUGAUUCUGGACGCCCGCUCCUACACCGCAGCUGUGGCCAACCGUGCCAAAGGAGGAGGCUGCGAGUGUGAAGAGUAUUAUCCCAACUGUGAGGUGAUGUUCAUGGGCAUGGCCAACAUCCACUCCAUCAGGAACAGCUUUCAGUCGCUCAGAGCCGUCUGCAGUCAGAUCCCAGAUCCAGGAAAUUGGCUGUCUGCUUUGGAGAGCACCCGCUGGCUGCAGCAUCUGUCCGUCAUGCUGAAAGCUGCCAGUCUGGUGUGCUCUGCACUGGAGCGGGAUGGCCGGCCGGUGCUGGUCCACUGUUCAGACGGCUGGGACAGAACACCGCAGAUUGUGGCCCUCGCUAAGAUCCUUUUGGACCCCUUCUACCGAACCAUAGAGGGUUUUCAGGUGCUGGUGGAGACGGAGUGGCUGGAUUUCGGUCAUAAGUUUGCGGACCGCUGUGGUCAUCAGGAGAAUGGGGAUGAUGUGAGUGAGCAGUGUCCGGUGUUUCUGCAGUGGCUGGACUGUGUUCAUCAGCUCCUCAAGCAGUUCCCCUGCCUCUUUGAGUUCAACGAGGCCUUUCUGGUGAAGCUGGUGCAGCACACAUACUCGUGUCUGUACGGCACGUUUCUGUGUAAUAACGGUAAAGAGCGCGAGACCCGUAACGUCUACAAGAGGACCUGCUCUGUCUGGUCUCUGCUGCGCACCGGAAACAAGAACUUCCAGAACUUCCUCUAUAUUCCCUGUCACGACAUGGUCCUCCAGCCGGUGUGUCACACUCGUGCUCUUCAGCUGUGGACUGCAGUGUAUCUGCCCUCAUCAUCGCCCUGUACUGCAGCUGAAGACGCCGUGGAGGUUUACCUGAGCCCAGGCGCUGGAGACAGAGAAGAGUUCAGCUCACGCUCCCUCGACAGGCUCCCAAAAACACGCUCAAUGGACAACCUGCUUUCUGCGUGUGAGAACGGCGUGACGCUGACCCGCACCUCCAGUGACCCCAACCUGAACAAGCACUGCCCGGAGGGACGGCCCUCGCUGGAGCCCAACCCACCCCUGAUGCUGGCCCCAGACCCCGGAGCCCCCAGAGAAGAGCUGGAGAAUCACCAGAGUUUACCAUCUGAACAGCUUGAGGAUGACCAGGGAGUGGAGCCAUGUCUGACAACCCAGCCCCUCCCAUCAAUGCCCCGGCCAUUAGCAAUAGAACAAGCCCCGCCUCCUUCGAUUCCAAACCAAUCAACGCCUCAGAUGCCACACAGUCCCCUCCCCCCUUCAGACGUGGACGUCAGAACUGCAGAAAUCACUUCCACGGGUUCCCUAUGUAAUGGAUUUGCACAUGUAGAAAACACUAGAGAGUCACCAUCAGACUCGGUCGAGACUCUGACAGAGCAAAGUGUGUGUGUUGAAGUGAGAAAGCCUGAUGAAGUGCGUAACGGAGCGCUGGUUUUGCUGAGAGAGCGUCCUCAUGCGGUGGAGUACGCUAAAACGGCGCGACGUCUGAUUUCUGCCAGUCCGCUGCCGGAUCUGUCCCUGCUGGGCUCUCAGUGGGACAGUGUGCAGGGGAUGGUGCAGUCUGCCUGCGGGGGCGCUAUUCAGCACGGGAGCUAUCAUGGACGCCGGCUAGCCAACAAACUCCUGCGCGCACAGGCUGGCAGCAGUGUUGGCGGCGGGCCGUGUUGCCAUCGGGACCCUCUGCGCGCUCCUGGAAGCCCCGUUCAGUCGGGCUGGUUCUCAGCAGUGAAGAGCUCUGGAUACGCCGCUCUCUGCUCCUCCUCUUUGGGUCCGUCUCUGCGCCAGCUCCUGCCGUCCCACUCCUGCCCGUCUGCGGGGUCUUCAGCGUAUCUGGAUGACGACGGGCUGCCGGUGGCGCUGGACGCGGUGCAGCAGCGGCUCAGGCAGAUCGAGGCCAGCUAUAAGCAGGAGGUGGAGGUCUUGAGGCGGCAGGUUCGACAGCUGCAGCUCAAACUGGAGAGCAAACAGUUCUGCACGCCGCCCUCAGAGCCCGAUGUAGACUACGAGGACGAUAUUACGUGUUUGCGUGAGUCUGACGGCAGUGAGGAUUCAGACUCUCUGUCCAGUCGCAGUGAGGAUCGCUUCAGUGAGGGCAGCUGGGAUCGAGUAGAGAGGAAAGACACGGAGGUCACUCGGUGGGUCCCGGAUCACAUGGCAUCUCACUGCUUCAACUGUGACUGUGAGUUCUGGAUCGCCAAACGCCGCCAUCACUGCAGGAACUGUGGGAAUGUGUUUUGUAAAGACUGCUGCCACCUGAAGCUGCCCAUUCCAGACCAGCAGCUGUACGACCCGGUGCUGGUCUGCAAUACCUGCUACGACCUGCUGCUGGAGUCCCGAACGCGAGAGUUACGCUCGCAGCAGCUGAAAAAGGCCAUCGCCAGCGCCUCCAGCUGAGAGACCGGUGCUCUCUACAGCCAAACACACCCAGAGCGGACGUCCCGAUGCACACCGGGAGCGUUUCUAACACAGCGCUGCUCUGCUUGAGGACGUUCAGGUUCAGACGCCCAGAACAGCGUAUUCUCUUCUGCAUCUGGAAAUCAAUAUGCAUCGUCACACUGCGGAGGAGGAAAAACACGGGACAAUCAUCCAGAGGCUCACUAUUUAAACCCAGAGAAGACUGCUGCUGCUGCUGCUGCUGCUACAGUAUUUCAAAUGAUUCUACUUUUGUAUCCUUAUGAUUUUUCGUGCACUACAGAGAGAGAGGAUCCGAGACCAAAACUGGAGAAAUCUGCAGUUGUUUACUCGCUGUUUGUUUGUUCGUUCGUCCGUCUGCUGUGUGAGGCUUGAAUGUACUGUUUGUUUGUUUGUUUGUUUAUGGGUGCAGUUUCUGAACAGAUUUAAAGAGAUGGUUCACACAAAAGUAAAUGUGUACUAUUCACUUACUGUCAACCCUUUACUUUCUUUAAGUUGACCACAAAAGAAGAUGUUUUGAAGAAUGUUGGAAACUGGUGGCUUUCAUAGUACUGUCUUUCCUACUACAGAAGGGAAUGGAUUACGGUUUGCAGACAUCGAAAUCCAACACUUUACAUACAUUUAUUUACAACAAUAACCAUACUGCAUUUACAAACUAUACAAAAUAAAAGAAUAUUAGGAUAAUUUAUAGGAAUAUUAGAAAAUUAUAUAUAUUAAAAACACUAAAACAACAACAAAAUAAUAAUACUCCUGUUUUGGUUAAUGGUAAUCUCUUCAAAAGUGACUAUUAUAAUAAUAUCUUUAGUGUUGAACUGAAGAAACUCAAACUGGUUUUUGAUUAGGAAUUAAUGGCAGAAUUUACGUUUUUGUGUGAACUGUCCCUUUAAAUGAACACUUAAUUCCUUUUUCUUGCAAGUAGGCUUAUUUUACAGCUUCUCUACAGUUAAACAGAGGAGUUUUACCAUUGUUGAAUCCAUUCAGCCGAGAUCUGGGCUUGACGAGAGCACUUUUAGCUUAGCUUAGCAUAGAUCAUUGAAUCGGAUUAGACCAUUAGCGUCUCUUGAUCCUAUUCCUAGUUAAAGCUUGCCUCUUCUGAAGCUGUAUGUGCAUUAAGACUGACAGAAAAUGAAAAGUUGCAGUUUUCUAGGUUGAUAUGACUAGGAACUAUACUGUUAAUCUGGAGUAAUAAUCAAGAAACUUUACUACCGUAAAAUGUACUGCAUGGUAAGACAGUAAAGUUCCUUGAUUAUUACUCCAGAUUAACAGUAUAGUUCCUAGUCAUCUCAACAUAGAAAACUGCUACUUUUCAUUUUCUCUCAGUCUUAGUGCACAAUGUAGCUUCAGAAGAAACAAGCUUUAACUAGGAAAAUGAUCAAGAGAUGCUAAUGGUCUAAUCCGAUUCAAUGAUCUAUGCUAAGCUAAGCUAAAAGUGCUCUCGGCUGAAUUAUAACAGUCAGAAAAGAACUUUUCAUUUUCUGUCGGUCUUGAUGCACAUACAGCUUAAGAAGAGGCAAGCUUUAACUUAUCAAAACUCUGGUCAUUUUUGAGUGAGAUGCUAACGGUCCAAUCCGACUCAAUGAUCUAUGCUAAGCUAAGCUAAAAGUGCUCCUGCCAGACCUGAAGAUUGACUGAAUGGAUUCAUAAAUGCUGAAACUCUGGCGUUUAACUGUAGAAACGUUGUAAAAAUGAAUACUAGAAGUGAGGUGUUUUCUUUUAAGCUGCUAGUUUGCAUUGUAAAGAUGUUUGUUUUUCCUCAUUUCUCCAGCCACUGCGCUUUAACUGUGAAAACUCACUCCUGUUUGAUUGUGAAAUCAGUGUUUUAAAUGCCAAAAUCCAACUCAGAUUCCAGCAUAUCAGUACUCGGUGAUAGAAAAAUCCCUCAUGGGUGAGUUUGCCGCAGAUCAAGCUGAUCAUGUUUGCACCGUUAACUUGUCUGUCGUUGUGAUGAAACUAUAAUCAUAUUGCACUGCGCCGCCACAAAACUAGCGCUAGUUUAUGUUCUACGACUUCAUCUGAACGCUCGUCGAUCUCCAAAACCCAAACACAGGUCAAUUAUUGGCCAUUUAAAGCUUUUGUCUUCUGCGUCUCGUGAAAGAAAACAGCAUUACCUUACAUCAGUUCAAAAUAAGAGUUCUGGUUUAUUUUCCGUCAUGUGGUCUGCGUUUUCAGAGCCGGUUGAUGAUGAUGAUGAUGAUGAUGGUGUGUUGUUUAACGCUGAUCCUCUCAGCAGUGCCAUGUGUUUUAUUUUCUUACUGGUUUGUAACUUUAACAUGUUUAAUGGUACAAUAGCUAGAUGCUUAACAACAAACAACAACAGAAGAAGAAUGAUGAUGAUGGAGGAGUUGAGCUACACACUCUGAGAAGCAUUUGGGUUUGGUCUGAUGGAUUAUUGCUUGUUUUUUUUUUCUUUUCAUGGUGUUAAUGAAGGACACAUUUUGAGUUAAAACAUUAAAAAAUAUAAAAAAGGAACCCAGAAAUGUGAUGUAUAGUUAUCCGGUCUGUAAUAGUGGCUCAGGUUUGUCACUUAGUGAAUAAUUGUUGUAAAGAAAUGCACUGUACAAGUUCAAUCCCAUGGGUUAAAUAAAUCUUUAUCAGCCGACUGA